ACAGGUCCCCCCAGCCUCACUCUCGCGCCGGCUCAAGGUACAUUGCGUGUCCUAGCCAAGACACGCAGCUCAUCUCAGCCUCACACGCACAGCAAGAGCGAGGCGUGAUUCGCCAUGGGCGGCCUCACUAUGGACCAGGCCUUCGUGCAGGCCCCCGAGCACCGCCCCAAGCCCAUCGUCACCGAGGCCACCGGCAUCCCUCUCAUCGACCUCUCGCCUCUGGCCGCCAGCGGCGGCGCCGUGGACGCGCUGGCCGCCGAGGUGGGCGCGGCGAGCCGGGACUGGGGCUUCUUCGUGGUCGUGGGCCACGGCGUGCCCGCAGAGACCGUGGCGCGCGCGACGGAGGCGCAGCGAGCGUUCUUCGCGCUGCCGGCAGAGCGGAAGGCCGCCGUGCGGAGGAACGAGGCGGAGCCGCUCGGGUACUACGAGUCGGAGCACACCAAGAACGUGAGGGACUGGAAGGAGGUGUACGACCUCGUGCCGCGCGAGCCGCCGCCGCCGGCAGCCGUGGCCGACGGCGAGCUUGUGUUCGAUAACAAGUGGCCCCAGGAUCUACCGGGCUUCAGUUUCCGCAGAGAGGCGCUGGAGGAGUACGCGAAAGCGAUGGAAGAGCUGGCGUUCAAGCUGCUGGAGCUGAUCGCCCGGAGCCUGAAGCUGAGGCCCGACCGGCUGCACGGCUUCUUCAAGGACCAGACGACCUUCAUCCGGCUGAACCACUACCCUCCUUGCCCGAGCCCCGACCUGGCCCUCGGCGUGGGGCGGCACAAGGACGCCGGCGCCCUGACCAUCCUGUACCAGGACGACGUCGGGGGGCUCGACGUCCGGCGGCGCUCCGACGGCGAGUGGGUCCGCGUCAGGCCCGUGCCCGACUCGUUCAUCAUCAACGUCGGCGACCUCAUCCAGGUGUGGAGCAACGACAGGUACGAGAGCGCGGAGCACCGGGUGUCGGUGAACUCGGCGAGGGAGAGGUUCUCCAUGCCCUACUUCUUCAACCCGGCGACCUACACCAUGGUGGAGCCGGUGGAGGAGCUGGUGAGCAAGGACGAUCCGCCCAGGUACGACGCCUACAACUGGGGCGACUUCUUCAGCACCAGGAAGAACAGCAACUUCAAGAAGCUCAACGUGGAGAACAUUCAGAUCGCGCAUUUCAAGAAGAGCCUCGUCCUCGCCUAACUACUGCUACUGCUAGGAUCCAUGCCAUUGCCAUGUCGUCUUCAGAUUCAGAGCACGCCAUGUCGUCGCUAGCUUCGUGGUAGAACAAAUAAUGAUGUGCGUGCUGUGUGUAAGCAUGGAUAUGGAUGUGAAUAUGUAAUAUGAUGAGCACUCCUACUUUGGUAUGUUUGGGAAUAACAGACUUGUGUUGGUCUGGUUCAUUA